AUGGCAGAAAAGACGCGUGAUGGUAUCAAGUCUGGCCCUGCAGGCCGUCCAUGUGAUGAGAAUUUUGAUGCAUGUUUGGACAGUCCUGAGUUUCUGAACCUUUUGCAGCAUCGUUUUGCUCCUCCUGCUUCAUCUCCGGGACCUUCCAAGCAGAAACCUUCGGAAGAGCCUGCCACCAAGAAGCCCAAAACGGGCCCGCAAAACUUGAAAGGUGCUUCAAAGGGAAAUUUCAUGAGAGUCCCGAGUGAGUUGUUGGCCUUGGGAUGUGUAGGUGCUACGACCAAAGGCCAUCGUUUGUGCUUCGACUACAACUUGAGGAGAUGCAAGCUGCCCGUCAAGGAUCAGCGCUGCGGCAAGGGAUUGCACUUGUGCGCGGUUAAAGGUUGUCGAAAGAUGCACAUGGCAGUUGAGUGUCCCGAUAAGGGAAAUGCUGCGCGGGAGCAUGGGUACAGAGUUCUCCCAGUUGACUGCAAGAGGAAUCGACAUAAGCCUCGGUGUCGCAUUGUCUCCUUGGAUUUGUCAGAGGCCCAUGCUUGGGAGGUUUUGGAGUACAUUGUCGACACUUGCGAUGUGGUGGCGGUGCAUUUGGCGCCUAAGAAGACCUCCUUUCUGAGCAACAGAUCUGGCAUUCACAUGAUGCAAAAGUUUUGUGGGGACGUGGAACCUCACGAACAUGCUCCGUGGGGCAUUUCUGCUGAUGGAGGUUUUGCAACGGCGUUGGAAGCCCAAUACCCGGAUGCUAUGUGUGAACAAUUGGUGAAAUUUGUGGAUGAAUUGUGCUCCGACAAGGGCAUCAAGAUAUCGCCUGCGAGCUUGCAGCAACCUCGAGCGCACAGGUGUCUUUUUGAACAUCUGACCAAGUCCCCUAUGGAUCUUGUCAAGUUGAGGAUCCAGAGGUUGAAACUGUGGACAUCCUGGGCGCGUGACUUGGCCAAAGACGAGAGCGAAUACAAGUUGACAUUGGACCCCAGGGUGAGAGCAGUCCUGGGAGCAAAGCGCCUGCUCCUCAUGAAGAAAGUUGCGGAAGAAAUUGGAUGGCCUGACACUGAGUUGUUCAGCGAGCUUGCAACUGGUUUCAGACUGGUUGGUAAUGCGACUCGGUCGAACGUUUUUCAACAGGGCCUCAAGGCCGCGACACUUAGCGAAGAACAACUCAUGCGUGAUGCAAAGUUCCUCAAGCCUGCUUUGCUUGGGAAGAUUCGUGCCAGUGGAGGUGGCGAGCAUUCAAGUGCUCUUUACGACAUCACUGAGAAGCUUUUGCCGUUUGAGCGCAGCGCCGAGAUCCUUGGCGUGGUGUUCGACCUUGGCCUUAGCAGUGAGGGCCGUGUCUCCAUCUCGAAUAAGCCCUCCAGAGUGGAGGAGUUGAAUGAUGCCUUGCUUGGCAUAUUGAAUGAAAAAUUUGUGAUUCCGACUUCUAUGCCGUCGGUCCUGGGGAAGUUGCAGUACGCCGUCGUGCUUGAAGAAUCCCAGCUCAAGGCGUUUGAGACUCUCAGGUGCCGGCUUUGCUCAGGCCGACCAAAGACUUCCCUUGCUGAUGACGUAGAGAAGCCAGUCUUGAUCUUUACUGACGGGGCUCUGGAAUAUGAAGGUGAUGCUGCAAAGGCGACCAUUGGCGGGGUUUCCCUAAAGCCGGAUGGCGCUUGCGAAGUCUUUGGUUGCGCAGUCCCGGACGAUGUCUUGAAAAGGUGGCAAGACGGCGGAAAGACUCAUGUGAUUGGCCUCGUUGAAUUGUAUGCCUGCGUCGUCUCGCUCUUGCAUUGGAAGCCUGACGUGUCGUCCAGACGCGUCAUCCUCUUUGUCGACAACUGGCCUGCGCUUGAUGUUUUGGUCAAGGGCACGUCGCUCCAGCCUGAAUGGAGAGAGCUUCUUUUGCUUCUUGAGGACCCGGUGGAAGACAACUUCAUGCUUUGGAUCGCACGCGUGCCUUCAGCUUCGAAUGUUGCAGAUCACCCUAGCAGAGGGUCUCUCAAGGAGCUUGAGUUUCUGAGGCCUUACAAAUGCGUACAGCCGUUUUGCCCAGUGACGAAGCUUCCUUUAAAAUCCACAGUGUGCUAA